AUGGGAGUGAAGAGUGAAUCGGAAGUCACAGACUGGCUGUUCCAAGGUUCCUUCCUCAUCCUCUCAUAUCUAUCUGCCUCUUCCUUAGUCUCGCAGCUUCCUUCUCCGGCGCCUUCCUUCUCUUGCUCUUGCCUUCUUCUCAAGCGAACUUCCUCCACGCUUUCGUCCUCGAGCAACAUGAAUCACCCUGACCACCCCCCAUCGCGCAUCAAGAUGGUGAAUUACACUAUUGUACCCGGCGCUGAAGUCUCUGAUGAAAUGAUGACCAAUGCAGCAGUUCUCUUCCGUGAGAAUUACGGGAAAUGGGGAGCCCAGUCUCCGAAACAAGGUCAACCUGUUGCUCUUUCUGCCAGCCGUUUGCGUGCCCAGUACCUGCCACCCUCUGCCGAUACCGUUUACGUUAUGGUGACCGUGAAUGGUGAACUGGCUGGAAAUGCGUUUGCGUGUCGUUGGAACGUCGGAGAGACGCGCGUGUGCUGGAUCACGCAAUUAGUUGUGAGCAAGGAGCACCGACAAGGUGGACUCGCAGAAGGCCUACUCAACUGUCUACGGGAGCAAAGCGAUGACAUCUAUGGUAUCAUGAGUUCCCAUCCGGCUGCGUGUUUGGCUGCCGCCAAGGCAUUCUUCGAGAAAAUCUCAAUUGACUUCAUGCAGCAACACGCCCGUGAAGUAAUGCAAGUCUCGCCAAUAUCUUACAUUAGCAGCGCCGAGCUUCAUGGGUCUCUUUUCGACAGCUCAACCGAAUCCGGCCUUGUUUCGGGUGUGAACACUCAUUUUUUUGUUGAUCAUGCUGAGCCGCUAGAGGCUUUGGAACAAGUGAAGGCAAGAUGGCAUUGGCCGCUGGGAGAACUUGAGGAGGGGCAUGAGUUUCUGAUGAUCUUGCGAGCCAGACUGCACUGUUCCAGUCGUCGUGCGAAAAAAAACUUAGCUAGAGAUGAAGUGCCACGCGGUUCCCAUUCUUAG